AUGUCUGUCCUCUCCGGUACCACACCCCCCGUGGAGCAGCUCGCCGCGCUCGACAACUCCUUUGAGCAGUUCGCCGGGACCACUCCCUCGUUGGAGCAGCUCGCCGCCGCCCAGCCGUCCAUGUCACUGGACACCGACAUGGUCACCCGCGGCUUUGUUCCACGGAACGCACUCGUGAGGCUGGGCAAGGAGGAAGACGCCGUUCUUGCGGCCGAAAAAGCCCGAGAGUUGAUUAAGCACUUCUCGGACGAAGAAUCAAGCAUCAAAAACUACUUGCGCACAACUCGCGGUGUAAUAGUCACGGACGAUCAUAUAGCCCAGGAGCCGAAAGCGCCUGGCCAGCUGAGCGCCGAGAGUGGGUCUUUCGCUGACCUCCAGCAGCUGACAGACGAUCUUUUGGCCCAAUGUCUCGUCCUUCGAUUCCACCAAGAUUCUGAUUUAGCCAAGUUUGGGGCGAAAAUCGUCGUGCGAGACAGGUCGAUGACGAGAGGCCUCGAAGCAUACGCGAAGAGUAGGGGGCUCGAUCUCGGGAACUGA